CUAUUAAAAACAUAAUAUACCGGCUAUCACUGUCAUUAGUUUACAUGUAAACAUUGUUCUAUAUUAUAACCUGGAAAUCUAUUUUGUACGACAAAAAGUGAUUACUUUUAAUUAAACCGGAAAAAUGGCUUCGAAAGAAGGAACUGAUAAAGGAAAGACGGGUCAAGGAGCUGGAGAUAAUAAAGAAAAGCGUAGAAAAGAAUCUAUUCUCGACCUUAGCAAAUACCUGGAAAAAAGUAUACGUGUAAAAUUUGCUGGUGGUAGAGAAGCCGCGGGAAUCUUAAAAGGAUAUGAUCCCUUGCUGAAUCUCGUCUUGGAUAACACCACAGAGUUCCUCAGAGAUCCUGAUGACCCAUACAAACUUCUUGAUGACACAAGAGCCCUAGGUUUAGUUGUAUGCCGUGGUACUUCAGUAGUUUUAAUAUGUCCAAUGGACGGUAUGGAAGCCAUACCUAAUCCAUUCAUCACCCAAGAAGGAUAGUUUUACACUACUUUUGUAUUCCUAUAAGCUUGUAAGUAAAUAUAAGUAUUCUCUAAUA